AGUCCACACCCGCCGUGUUUGCUGCCACCGACAUUUCCAGCGCAUCUCUGCCACUACCAGGACGACGACCGUGCUACGAUGUCGGACGCAACGGGCGCAGAACGGCGCGGCACGUCGCCGCCUGCCCCACACCACGCACCUCACCGCCUCAACCGCCAGGCCCCCAGCCCGCUCAUCUUCUCGCCCGAAGCCAUCUCCCCACCCACCCCGCCUCUCCGCCCCUAUCCGCAGACGCAGCCGCCCAGCGCCGGGGCCUCCCACUCGCAGCUUCCAGGCGCCGUCUCAUCCUCGUCCGGCUCCAAUUCGGUCUCGAUGCCGUUCGUGCGCCGGCACGUCACCCGCCGGCUGAAGGCGGCCAAGGCGGACUGCGACAAGGAGCUCCAGCGGGUGACGAACAGCAUCACGCAGUACUUUGAGCAGAAGCUGAAGGAGAGCGAGGUCGAGCAGCAGGCGGAGCGCGAACAGCGGGGGAGGGAGCGGGAGCGGGAAAGGAAGGAGAGGGACUACGAGCGCGAGGCGGAGCGCGAGGUCGCGAACGCGAUGGAACGCGAGCGGUCCUGGCGGGAGUAUGCGAGUGAUUCGCCGGAACCGACUCGGGAGCCGUUUACCUUUCAACCACACGAUCUGAGCAUGGCGCUGCAAGAGCAACACCGGGUUCAGGAUGGCGCGUCGGAGGCAGGCGACGAAUCCGAUGCCCGCGCUCGAUCUCACAGUCGUGGCCAUAGCCGACAACGUACGUUGUCUGCUCUCUGCCACGGUUUAUCCUGGUUGCCGCGUCCGUCUUGCCAAUGCACGAGCUAAUAUAUGCCACCUUUCUGGUGACCUACAGCCUCCCGACAUGCGCAUUCAACGGCGUCCUCGUCCCCGGCGCCCAUGCGCCAACGACCACCCUCCUCGUCCUCCGUCAUGAUGCUCCCGCCACCAGAAGUUCCGUCCCGCAAACAAGGCUCCGGCGCCCCCAUCGCCGGCUCUUCCACGCUCGGCGCGCAUUCGCAAGGCAUGAUCUCCCGCCGCCUCUCGCGGAGCAUCCACAUGCAAGCCCGCCCGACCGCGUCCUCGGCGUCCUCGCGUUCUACGUCUCGCUCGCGCUCGCCCAUGCCGCCCACGACGCAGCCCGGCUCCUUCUCCGAGGUGUGGUCUCAGCAAUCCGCCGGCUCGGGCGGCGCAGGCUCGGGCACGAUCUCGCCGAACGCGACGCGUGACAACAGGCGCUCAUCGCGGGUCCUCGUCGACGACCCCGUGGACCCGAUCAUGUCCGCGCUCUACGCGAUCAUCGGCGUCGCGACCGACAUCCAGGACAUGUCCGUCGCGCAGCUGACCGCGAACCCGAAGGUGUGCGAGGCGCUCGUCCAGCGCGUGCAGGCGAUCGGCCGCAUGUGGGACGAGCACCCGGACUGGCACGGCCGCAACUGGUACGUGCAGGUCCUGCUCGCCGUCGCGAGCCUGAGCCGCGUCGUCGAGUGGUGGGAGGCGGAGAAGAACUUUUGGAACUUUGACGACGAGGGCGAGGAGAAGGACGAGCCGCUCGCGUUCGUGAUGAAGCCGGCGGAGGAGGAGAGGGACGAGGAGCGGUCCGCGGCGGUGGAGCCGACUCCGACGGCGGAGACGGAGCGGGAGAAGGAAGGCGUGCGCGCCGCCCCUGCGUUUCAGAGUGGACUGCUGCUCGCGCCCGAGGAGGCCGGCAAGCUACGCAUGUCGAGGACGACGUCGCAGGGAAGGAGGUCGAGAGAGGACGUGGCGAAGGCUAAGGACCUGCAGGACGCGAUCCACGAGAAGGAGCAGGAGCUCGCGUCGCGGCCGUACAGUGCGGAGAGCGCCCGGGUGCUGGCGACGGAGCGGCUGAGGCUGCAGGCCGAGACGGCGCAGAACCGGAACAUUGUGAUGGAGCUCGACCAAGACGGCGACAAGAUCCUGUGGGUCAAUUACGCGUGGGCCGUUGUCGUUGGCACCGAACCGGAAGAAGUCGCUGGGACGAAGAUUACGCGCAUGCUGGCUCCUUCCGAUUGGCAUGUCUUCACCGACGCGUGCAGGCGCCUUGAUCAAGACGAUUCGCAUACGGUCGAGGUCAAGUUCCGCAUGCUCGUCUACCCUCCGAACGACGAUAGCAACGCAUUGCACUACCAGCCCUUCGAGGGUAAGGGUAUGCUCAUGGUCGACCGCGAGACGGGCCAUCCCAGUCAUACGAUGUGGGUCAUCAAGCCUAUCGGUCCCCCGGAGGACCAACCAGCGUCGCAGACUGUCUGGGACGUGGCCGGCGACGUUACCGGCGAUGCCGCCGACGAGUCCAUGUACGAACCAGCGGACGAAGAACCGACGGGCAGGCAAGACAUGUUGUCGCCGGUCACGCCCUUCCCCUUCGCACGGCCGGUGAACACCCAGCCGAUCCUAUGCCGGAUCUGCGAGUGCAACGUCCCGCAGUGGUACUUCGAGAAGCACAACGAGACCUGCGUGGAAGUGCACCGACUGGAGGCAGAGAUCGCAGAGUGCAACGAGUCCAUCGCCGAGCUGCGGAACACGAUCCGCGGCCUCACAGCGUCCAUCGACCGCUCGCCGUCGCCUGCGAACGCGCCGGAAUACCGGGGCAUGCCCAUUCUCAGCCCCUCGAGCAGCCCGAACCAGGGCAGCCCGCUCCGGUACUUGAGCAGCAAGCUGCAGAGGCUCGGGAUCAAGAAGAUGCAGAGGCGGGUCUUGGAGCAGCUCGAGGAUAUCUUGCAGUUGGCGGCGGAGGUGUCGAUACCUGCGCUUAAGGAAGACGAAUCGAAGGAACCCAUCGAGAGGCAACGGCUAUUGUCACCGUCGUCGGAACGGAAGAUGACCCAGAUUCGAAACUGGUCGAAGCCCUCGUCCGAGGACGCAGCGCUCACCCAGCUCUUGGACGAUGCGGAGAGGGUGAUGCGUCAAAAGCUCGACAACGUUGUCCGGAUGCAGAACACGAUCAGGUAUACGGAGAAGGUGCGGCAGGAGUGGGAGGAGAGAGUGAUGGAAUGCUUGAGUACGAUGGGCGACGUUGAUGAGGAGGAAAGUGACGAAAGCGAGUACAGCGAUCAAGGAGAUUAUGCCGGGGGUUAUGCGAGCAGCACCAAGAGCGAGUACGCGUUCAAUGGAGAGGAGCCAGAGGCGUCGAGCGAACCAACGCCGCUCGCGGUCACGCCGCCCAUUUUGGCUCCGUCAGAGAUGCCAACACAGACGCAGCCCAUACCGCUUGCUGCACCAAGGCCAGGGCCUCCGCCGCCACCACCACCACCACCACCAAUGUCGAGGACGGGGGCCAGUCUUGCGACCAGGUCAUCCACGCCCUCUUCUGUGUCGUCUCCCUUGGCACUUGUACCUCCCAUCGUGGCCUCUCCAUCGCCACCUCCACCUAUCAACCUCGACGAAGGAACUCUCAGACUCAACACGGAUCUACGGUACUACCUUCCGGAAUUGUAUCCUCAGGUCCAAUCCCCUGGAGGCGUAAGCCGCUCGUAUAGCCAGGGCGAUGUCCGCCCGUCGCCGGACAUGGCUUCGCCGCCCCGUAACCGAGACGACGCCACGAGUACGCGUACCAUCCGAUCCCAGAAGUCGUCACAGAGCCUGCAGCAGGUCUUUGAGCCUCGUUCAAUGCUUACUCCGCCCAUGUCGCCGCUCGUGUCGCCUCGUGACGUGACCGUCAAGAAACAUCGUCGGCAGUCCACUGCGCACAACCUGAUGAGCCCGACAGUCGGGGUCGCGGCUCUGUCUCCUCGCCUACCAGCUCCAGCGCCCAUGUCGAGGACGACUCCGACCUCGAUCAAAGACUUCGAGAUUAUCAAGCCCAUCAGCAAAGGCGCCUUUGGCUCCGUGUUCCUUGCCAAGAAGAAAGCGACUGGAGACUACUUCGCGAUCAAGGUGCUCAAGAAGGCAGACAUGAUUGCGAAAAAUCAAGUCACCAACGUCAAGGCAGAGCGCAUGAUUCUCAUGAAGCAGUCCGAAUCGCCCUUCGUCGCGAAGCUCUACUUCACCUUUCAGAGCAAGGAGAACUUGUACCUCGUGAUGGAAUACCUCAACGGCGGCGAUUGUGCCGCGCUAAUCAAAGUACUCGGAUGUCUUCCGGAAGAGUGGACAAAGAACUACAUAGCCGAGGUCGUGCUUGGAUUAGAAUCUCUGCAUCGCAUGGGCAUCGUGCACCGUGAUCUGAAGCCCGACAACCUGCUUAUUGACCAGCAUGGACAUCUGAAACUCACCGACUUCGGUCUGAGCAGGAUCGGUCUGCUGGGUCGUCAGACUCGCGAUCCUCAGGUUUCGCAUCGGCCCCCUGCCAAAAUUAGCCCGGGGUCACGACCUCCGUCCAUUGACAUGGCGAACUUCUCGUCGCCCAUGACAUUGGAUCCAGCGUCCGGUUCGUAUUUCAGCCAGAGGACGCAAAUGCUGCCCCGCCUUGGAUCCACGCCGUAUCUCAACACGCCUACAGAUGACCCGGACUCGUCUGGGUCGACGCCGGAUUCGCAGCCAGGUGUCCGCCGUGCGCCGAGACCGAGCGAGAGUCCGCUCACGUCGUUCGCGACUGAGUUGACCACUGAUCUCCGCUCACACUCGAACGGCACGCCCCCUGCAGAACAGCGCUUCGUGGGUACGCCUGAUUAUUUAGCGCCGGAAACCAUUCUAGGUCUUCGUGGCGACGAUGCUGCCGUUGAUUGGUGGGCUUUGGGCGUAAUCACUUACGAGUUCCUUUACGGUAUCCCUCCUUUCCACGCCGACAGUCCCGGGAAGGUGUUCGAGAACAUACUUUCUGGAAAUAUUGAGUGGCACGAAGACCUUAUCGAGUAUUCACCGGAAGCGCGCGACUUCAUGCAACGGCUGUUGACCCUGGACCCCUCGAAACGUCUGGGGACCAACGGCGCAGAUGAAGUCAAGGCUCACCCAUGGUUCUCGGACAUUGUAUGGGACCAGGUUACGACGCGGGAGGCAGCCUUCAUUCCGCAGAUCACCGACCCGGAGUCCACGGAUUACUUCGACCCUCGAGGUGCUAUCAACCAGAUGUUCGACGACGAUGAUCUCGUGGUUUCCGCUCAGAACGCCGGCGAGAGUCCUAGCGCUGUGUCAGAACUGACUUUGCCAGCGGCGGUUCCAGUUACAGCUGUCAGUCGCGAGGCAUCGGGCUCUCCGGGCGACGACAGCUUCGGUACCUUCAACUUCAAGAACCUUCCCGUUCUGAAGCAAGCCAAUGACGAAGUUAUCCGCAAGUUGCGGACGGAUCAGAUGGCACCGAUCGCCCAUGCACUCUCGGAGUCGAGUGCACAUUCUCGGAGGCGUAGCAUUUCGCACCGAGUCAAGAAGCCUCCCAGUGUUGUCACGACAUUCGACCCCAAGAGCAUGCCUCCAAAUCCACCUUCUCCUGCUACUUCGACCUCCUCGGUUGCAUCCUCACCGUCGCGUGCCAGCUUGCCGCCGUCCACGCCCGGAAGCGCCACUAGCCACGCCCGCAAACCAUCGGAAUACAGCGCCAUCGAGCGCUUCAAACACAACCAGAUUGAAGGGGAGGGUAUCCGCCGACCAAACUCGAUGCCGAGCCGGUUACGCACCGCGUCCGUCUCCACGAGCAGCGCUGACGGGUCGGUUAAUUCGGAGUGGCCCCAGUCCAGCGGGCAAGGCUCGAGUCACUUCGAGCCCAACACGCCGCCGUCGUCCGUGGUCUCGAUUGACCUUAGGAAAGCGCCUGAUCCAAGCGACCGCGCGGUGACCUGCCUCCUCGCGGAGGACAAUCCUAUCACCGCGAAGAUCCUCGAGACCUUGCUCAUCCGUCUCGGCUGUCGCUGUGUCGUGGUUGCGGACGGGUCAGAAGCGAUCAGCGUGGCCAUGGGAGACAUCAAGUUCGAUAUCAUCCUUAUGGAUCUGCACAUGCCUGUCCUCGAUGGCGAAGGGGCUGCCCGGUACAUCAAGAGUACCAACGGCAAAAAUACGAACACUCCUAUCGUUGCCGUCAGCGCCUAUAGCGGCACCGAUCCGCACGAAGCCAGCAACCUAUUUGCUGCCUCACUAGCCAAACCGGUCCAAAAGGCCGAUAUAUUGAACGUGUUCCGUCGACUUGGCUUCAAGACGGCGCAAUCCACAACUCAAGGCAAGGGCGCGGAAACCAAGGUGACCCCGGUACGAUGAAGGGAGUGGCGUUCCAGUUACAUACAGCUGUGGAUUUCCUUUCUCGUCGUCUCAUGCUUACUCUACCCAUUCGUUCUCUACUCUAUCAACUUUCCUCUCCGGCCUCUGGUCUCGUUGCUCACGACUUCAUGAUAUUACUGUCUCUCAACCUCACAAUCGGCAUCCCAUCGCAUCACGAUCAUACUCUUUUCUCCCAUUAGUCCGCAUUCUGCUCUGCAAACAUUCCCUUGAUAUCUCCUGCAUUUGUACGUGUAAGUAUAGAUUCAUCGCGCCCCACCAACACGUUUGGAGCCUGUACUUCCAGUCGAGACUGGCCCUUU